AUGCGUCUCACAAUUCUCCUUUCGUUUCUCAUAUCUUUCUGGCUCGUAGUGGCCACCCAAACCCCCGAGCAGCGAAAAUGCGAGACAGAAAUCAGCAUCGAGGACGCCCGUCUUGUUCAAGAGCAGAUUGCCUCCAUGAACAGCACCUUGAGGACAGACGACAAUGCUCGGCUGGCUCCUAUUGCCAUUGCUUGGCACGUUAUCUACACUUUCCCGUGGGGUGUUGGUGGUGGAAACGUCCCCCAACAGCGAAUCAAUGCCGCUAUCUCUGCUCUAAACUCUCAUUUUGCCGGCACUGGCAUAUCCUUUUACCUUCAGAGCACCUCAAGGCAUUGGCAGUCUGCAUGGUACAGUGCUGGCCCAGGCUCGCAAGCCGCUAGCCAGAUGAAAUCGACCCUUUACGUCGGAACAAGGGCCACGCUUAACGUUUAUUCAGUCGGAAUGACGUCUUCACUGGGAUAUUCGACCUUCCCCUGGGACUAUAAUAAGGCUCCUAGACAGGACGGUGUCGUUAUCAAGCACACAACGAUGCCAGGAGGAUCUGAAACAAACUACAAUCAAGGCAAGAUACUCACGCAUGCGGUGGGACAUUGGAUCGGCCUAUACCAUGUCUUUGAGGGUAAUUCCUGCACCGGCAUUGGCGACAUCGUCAAUGACACUCCAAUGCAACGGACUCCUUCGUAUGGUUGUCCUACUGGUAAGGAUAGCUGCCCAAAUAGUCCUGGAUUCGACUCUAUCCAUAAUUACAUGGAUUACACAUAUGACAGUUGCCAAACUGGAUUUACCUCCGGGCAGAUGGUGCUCGGUAGGUUCUUCCUCCAAGGAUACCGAGGCAUCUACUAG